GGAGCCACAGACUCGGAGAAGCGGGUUGUGUGUCUGUCAGCGGAGAACGAGAGUCUGAAACAGAGUCUGACUGUCACCCAGGGCCUCCUGCAGCAGCUCUCUGUCAUCCCCUCCCAGUCCAGCUCUAUACUCAUCAAGGAGAAUGAGAACCUGCGCAGCCGGGUGCAGCACCUGGAGAGUUCCCUGCAGCAGAGGGCUGAUCAGCUGUCUCACCUGGAGCGACAGAGCGAACAAAGCGAGUGGAGGAGAGGAGAGGAGCAGAGGAGAAGAGAGGAGAGAGUGAGGGAGUUGCAGCUCGAGCUGGAUAAAGAGAGGGCCAAAGAGCCACAGGUCAAGAUUGUCACUCAAACUGUGGAGGUGGAGUCACCGGUGACUCUGAGGCAGUUGGCUGAGGCCAGAGAGAGGAACGAGCAGCUGUCAGAGAAACUGACCAAUCAGAACGAGAAGUGCAGACAACUGGAGGAGCACAUCAGGAAGUCAGAUGAAUUCAGCUGUAACCUGCAACACAAGAUUGCAGCGUACGAGCGGGAGAUCAGUGUACUGCAGGAGGAACUGCUGAAGGAGAUAGGUCACCUGGAGGAGAAGAAGGAGGAGGCUGUAAAGGCUGCAGCGACCUGCUCCGUAGAACACUUCCAGAGCCUGCAGGACCAGUUCUUUAACCUGCAGAAGCGUCUGACAGCGCUCCCUCCGACCCUGCGCACCAUGAAGACAGACUACGCCAGCCUGAGGAGUCAGGUCCGCAACUUCUCCGACUUCUACGGAGCAGCCAUCACCGACGCCAAGAAACAGAUAUCAGCAGCUAUGAGUGAGAUGUCGGAGGCCAACAAGGACCUCCUGGAGAAGUACAGGAAGGAGGUGGCACUGCGGAGGAAGUACCACGAGCAGCUGGUCGAGCUCAAAGGCAACAUCCGUGUGCUGUGCCGUGUGAAGCCGGUUCUGAAGGAGGACCAGCAUGAGGAGGGCCAAUCAGUGGUGGUAACCACGGACCCCAACAACGAAUCAGCUCUCUCCGUGCUGAAAGGGCAGGGCCGCUGCCAUAACUUUGAACUGGACCGUGUCUUCCACCCUCAGGCCACUCAGGAAGAGGUCUUCCAGGAGAUCGAGCCCCUGGUGACAUCCUGUAUAGAUGGAUAUCACGUCUGCAUCUUUGCCUAUGGGCAGACUGGCUCUGGGAAGACCUACACCAUGGAGGGCAGCACAGAGAACCCAGGCAUCAACCAGCGUGCUCUGAAACACCUGUUUAGUGAGAUAGAGGACAGGAAGGACAUGUGGACGUACACCGUGACUGUCAGCUCUGUGGAGAUCUACAACGAGGUGCUCAGAGACCUGCUGAGUAAGGAUGGAGAGAAGCUGGACAUUAAGAUCAACCCAGACGGAACAGGACAGCUGCACGUCCCUGGACUCCGGCUCAUAGAGGUCAAGAGCUUCCAACACAUCAAGAAACUUCUGGCGCAGGCGCGUCGUAACAGGAUCACCUUCGGGACCCAGAUGAACCAGCACAGCUCUCGUUCUCAUGCCCUCCUCAUGAUCACUGUGCUGGGGACUGACCUGGCCAGCGGGGCCAAGACCACAGGCAAGUUGAACCUGGUGGACCUGGCUGGCUCUGAGAGGGUCUGGAAGUCAGGAGCUGAGGGAGAGAGGCUGAAGGAGGCCCAGAACAUCAACCGCUCCCUGCUGGCUCUGGGGGACGUUAUCCAGGCUCUGAGGGGGAAGGAGAAACACAUCCCCUUCAGAAACAGUCGCCUCACAUACCUGCUGCAGGACUCACUGGGCAAGGGCAACAAGACAGCCAUGGUGGUGCAGGUGUCUGCUCUGGAGAGUAACGUGGGAGAGACCAUGUGUUCUCUGAAGUUUGCUGAGAGGGUUUGUAAGGUGGAGCUGGGGCCUGCGGCCAGGAAGAUACAGAGAGGAGGGGAAGUCAUCAGUGUGACUAGAACUCCCCUUCCUGAAGUCAUCCAACUUCCUGUUCCUAUGGACGACCAGGACUCCAGGGACUCAACAGACACGCAGCCAACCAAAUACAUCAACAAGCAAUAA